ACUACGUCACUUGAACGCCACAGCUUCCGGUAUAUUUUCCUUCUUCAGGCGGCCAUAUUGGGCUUUUUCAAGGGUAUCUGAAGACGCCAGGCCAGACAACAUGUACCGGUUUGCAAAAGCUGUCGCUAACAUCGGUGGCCAGGCUGUUCGGCAGGUGAGGCACGGAUCCACCGCCACUCAGAACUUCCACUCCAAGUACGGCAUGGGUGUGCUGGUCAGCGGGACAGUCUUCUGCAGCGUGGUGUGGGGAUAUGUACUGACUCAGACAGGAAUCGAGUGGAAUCUGUCCCCAGUCAACAGAGUGAUGCCCAAACCAUGGAGGGAGGCAGAGGAGUGAAGAGUCAACAUGACGGACCUGGAUCCCAACCUUCUAAUUGUAUAGAUGGAGAACCAUUAUCUGUGUGCUCAGAUAGUGAACUACCGUGUUUAUUCCAACAUCCUGUUUUGUCCAAAUAAAUUGAUUCCACUUA